AUGCAGACCCUCUCCUGGGAUGCUGGUUCAGUCUGGGCCGCAGAAACACGCUAUCUGCAUGGAGAAAGACUGGAUUUACUGGGAAGGAAUGAUAAGUAUGUGUCUCUGGCCAACUUCAGCAUCCCUCAGCUAUGUCAGUUCACGGUGUGCAUUGACCUAAAGCGGACGGCCAAUGUCAGCUCUUGGGCAGCCUUUUCCUAUGAUGCUAGCAACACCUCCACUGACAUAAAUGACAUAGAGCUUGGGCUCUCUGGAGAAAACAAGCGAUUGAGACUGUAUCUUUUCGGCACCAGACGAGACAUUGAGAUCGAUCUGGCCCUUUUUGUGUGGUACAGUGUGUGCUGCUUGUGGGACAGCAGGAAACAACAGCUGGAGGUCUACUGCAAUGGUAAUCUCGUGCAUACUGAAACUAUUGGCAGCGCUGAGUGCCUGAAACCCAACGGGAGCCUGGUGCUGGGUCAUCUGCACAAAAGAAAGGAUGGCUUUAUUGUGCGGGUAAGCAACAGCUUCAUUGGCAGCUUGUACUACUUCCAAAUGUGGGACCGUGUGAUGGGUCGGGAAGAGCUGCUGGACUGCGCCAUGGGCAGUACUGUCAGCUGGAAGGAAGAGCACUGGAACUUCAGCAGCAUCCUUCCCGUGGCAGACUGUCUCCUGCGCUGUGGCUCAAGUGAAGCAUCAUCAAGUGCUCCUACGCUGCCUCCGUUACCUCCGACCAGCAGUACCAAUAGCACCAUUCCAUUCAGCUUCUUUAACGUUGAUAUGAACUUUUCUCUUUUCUACAAAACUGAGAGAGCUCCUGAUUACUAUGAUGCAAGGAAGCUUCUUGAAAAUUGGUUUAGUAUCAUAUUUACUGGAGAAGAAUUUUUUGUGACAAACUUUAAAGUCAGGGGUAAUUAUCCACAAAGCAGUGUCUAUAAGAGGGCUCAUAUGAAGGUAAAGCAGAUGUCACAAAGCUACACCUGUAAGGCCAUUAUAAAGGCCACAUCACCUGAAAUACAAGAAGUGCUGAGUCUCAAGAUCAAACAGUUGUUGAAUGACACUUACAAAGAGGGACCACUAUCCUUAUAUGUGAAACCUGAAGAUGUGGCUGUCAGGGCAAUAGCACUAAUGGAUUGUCCAGAAAGCUUUUCACACACAACCUACAAGGGGAAUUAUUCCUGGCCGCUAACAAGUCCAGCUACCGAAGCGGAGGUCAGCUGCAGGAAAAACCCUCUGCAGUCCGCUCGGAGGAGUUGUGCAAUUAAUAUUGAACUUCAGCAAUCUUUCUGGAAGAAACCAAAUAUGACCGAAUGUAAAUUACUGGAAGAACUUCCAAAUAAUAUUUUAGACCUCCACGAUAUCACAAUAACGGAAGAAAAUGCACAAGAUGUUGUACAGCAUAUUUUAUACCUCUUGCCAGAUGCAACACCGAAUAUGGAAGAAUUGGAAAUCAUUGCAAGUAAAAUUUCGGAUAUCGUAAGGCUUGCAGAUAUAAGCACAACACUUGCAGAGUCUAUAUUGUCUGUACUAAACUAUAUUUUGCUGCAAGAAACAGAAGAUCAGAACAUUAGGAAAAUGACCAAUAGUAUCCUGAAGACAACUGAGGAGAUAGGCUAUAAGGUGACUUACACAGAAAGAAAUACUUCAGUGAUAACCACUUCCUUGGCUUUGUUGGUGAUGCGUCCAGAUCCCAGCAUGUUUGGAGGACUGGCCUUUGGCGUUACCUCCUACGACAAAGGUGUGGAUCUCAAGAUCAGUGUUCAAGAAAACCCUUUCAAAAUGGCCCCGGCUUCGGUGUUUUUGCCAAAAUCACUGAAGAAAUUCCUAGGAAUUGAGCACUCUGACCCAGACAAGCAUUCAAAGAUCCAGUUCAAGUUUUUUGGCACUACUUCACUCUUUGCGGAUGACAGUUUAACGAAGGAGAGGUUGAAUACUUACGUUGUGAGUGCCAGCAUUGAAAACGCAUCAAUUCAGAACCUUAAUGAGCCUGUGACUAUUACUCUUCAGCACAUAGACCAAAAUACGGGUAAUGCAGCAGUGCACUGCGUCUUUUGGGACUUUUGGAAGAACAAUGGACUGGGUGGUUGGAAUACAUCGGGGUGUGAAAUGGAAUAUACAGAUAUGAAUUACACAAUCUGUUUUUGUAACCAUCUUACCCAUUUUGGAGUCCUACUGGACUUGUCCCGGACAGAGAUAGAUAUCACACACGAUCACAUAUUAACUCUGAUAAGCUACGCAGGAUGUGGUGCUUCUUCCCUUUUUCUGGGUAUAACACUGGUGACAUAUCUAGCCCUUGAAAAGCUGCGGAGAGACAACCCUUCAAAAAUCCUGCUCAAUCUUUGUGCUGCGCUGCUGAUGCUGAACAUGGUCUUCCUCAUCAAUUCCUGGCUGUCCUCGUUCAACCAGCCAGGUCUCUGUAUCACCGUGGCCGUGCUCCUUCAUUAUUUCCUUCUUGCAGCUUUCACGUGGAUGUGCCUGGAGUCUGUUCAAUUUUACUUGGCUCUUGUUAAAGUCUUCAAUGUUUAUGUCCCAAAGUACAUCCUAAAAUGCUGUAUUGCUGGCUGGGGAAUACCAGCUAUUGUAAUUACUAUUGUGCUCAUUAUCAAUAAAGAUUUUUAUGGCAAUGGAUCACAUUCUGAGAGCAAUCCAUUCAGCAAUUUUUGCUGGAUUCAGGAGGACAUAGUGUUUUACAUGUCUGUUGUGGCCUACGUCCUCUUAAUAUUUUUGACGAAUACAGCCAUGUUCAUCACUGUUCUGCUUCAAAUCCAGUCUGUGAAGUCAAGGACACAAAGGAGAUCCAGAUUCUGGAAACGGGGUUUUCUUCGAGACCUCAAAAGUGCUUUCAGCUUGAUGUUCCUUUUGGGCUUAACUUGGGGCUUUGUCUUUUUUGCCUGGGGAGCAGUGAGGAUAUUUUUCUUGUAUCUUUUCAGCAUUUUUAACACUUUGCAAGGGUUCUUUAUCUUUGUGUUUCACUGCUUAAUGAAGGAAGAAGUAGUGAAGCAGUGCCAAGUACACUUUUGCUGGGAAAGACUGCGUCUGAGAAAUUAUCCUGACUGGAGUGGGUCAGGUACAACUGCUGGAUCUACACCAAGGCAUUUAAACCACAAAUCACCGUCCCAGGCUUUGUGGAGUCUAAAUUCUAAUGGAACAAGUUCAACUUUCAAUGGUUCAGAUUUCCUUCCCAGGACUUCUCCAGAUAUGAAUUUUAGGAUUGCUGAAGUUCAUUACAACCCUAGUGCUGUACCUCCAGAAGAUGGUGAGACCAAGCAUCCUUGUUCACGAAGAAUACUACCCUUGGAAACGGGGCUGCACUGUCCACAGAAAGCAAGAUUUUUUCAUUGAUACUGAAUUUGUUUUCUUCUGAUUAUAUAAUAAUGGUUCUC